UGAUGGAGAAGACAUGUUUUCCAUUUUCUGAGAAAAUGGGUCUUUUCUGGAUAGAAAUUUUUAGGCAUCACAUUUUACAGAUGCCUUGCAGUCACACCGCAUCAGGGUAUAUAUCAAACAAGUGCCAAUAGAACAAGGUGAGUUCAUUCGUUUGAUCAUUCAUCUCCUCAGACACCCAUGUCCAUUCCAUCCUACAAACCCCUAGACACAAAACAAAUGCAGAUCAAUCCCAGUACCUUAGACAGUGAUCUAGAUGCCCAUGAUUCGUUUCUGCUUCAAGAACAUGGAGAAGAUGAGGAGGAUGAGGAGUUUUCUGGGUUUAUUCUAACCAGAGACUGCUGCAGUUUGUCAACAAAUCUUCAUGAGUUGAAGGUAGAGAAAGAAAGGCAUGAGCUUGAUAGUGCGGUGAGGAAAACAGUUUCAAUGAGAGCUGAUAAACAGAACUCAAGGCUUGAAAAUGCAGUGAAGAGAGCAUUUUCCAUGAGGGCAUCACCUUCUGUCAUGGAGAAGUAUCAGAGGAUUGAUAACGAAUAUGAUUUGGUUGGAAAUGGAGAAGAUGAUCUGCUCAUGAUGCCACCAACAGAAUCAACUAAGAAAGGAAACAAGAUUCUUGAAGCUUGCAGGCGAUUUUUUCGUUUUCAAUCUGUUACAUCACUUGGAUUCGCCAAGAAAAAAUGCUAAUAAGAAAUUUUAUCUGUAAAGCAAGAAGAAUUAUUUCAUGUAAUGAAAAUCAAGUAAACAAUGAUUA